AUACUCAAGCUAGUGAUAUAUAUUGUUUUUCAAUAAUUAUGUGGGAAUUUACAUCUAAAAUUCUACCAUUUAAUGAUAAAGCACAUGAUCUUCAACUUGCUUUAAGUAUUUGUAAAGGUGAACGUCCUGAAAUUAUUGAAAAUAUUCCACAAUGUUAUAUAGAUUUAAUGAAAAAAUGCUGGGAUGAAGAUCCAUUAAAAAGGCCAUCUUCUAAAGAAGUUUUAAAUAUCAUUGAAAAUUGGAUUUUUCGUCCUGAGAAUAAGAAAAUUGAAGAUAUUAAUGAAGAAUUAAAAAGCAAUAUUAUGGAAUUUAUAAAUGCACCAAUUAAGCAUAAUAAU